AUGGGAUUCAAAUUCUCGUUCCUCUGUGACUUGCUGUCGCAGCUGGAACAAAACGAGGUGGUCAAAGCUACCACAGUGAAAAGAGACGCAACGGAUUAUCACACAGUCGCCGGGUGGUUCAACUGUCAUGCCGCACGGAUUCAUCAUCCGGAGACUGACGCGUUAGCAUUUCUCUCGUGUCUGUUACCGGAGAAGCGUUCAGACCGAGUUUAUGGGCUUCAAGCUGCCUCACUGGCGCGUGUCAUUGGUCGAUGCUUAGGGCUAGGAUCCUCAAGACUCGCAGAGCUGGGUCGAUGGCGCUCGUCUGGGGGCCCAGAUCUCGGACAAUGCGUCGAGAAUGUGUUGCGGCAAACGGAGAACUCCGUGGAUCGUAAUGAGGCUGUCACAACCGAGGAGAUUGAUCAAGCUCUGGACAAAAUCGCCUCUCGAAGCCGAUUCUCGGCGCCUCAAGCUCGUCGCCAGCAGGCAGCCGUCGAUGUGGAGAGCGCUCUCUCGCCUCUCUACCGAAGACUAAGCAGCCGGGACGCGAAGUGGCUGACGAGGAUGAUAUUGAAGUCUUACUUGCCUGUAACAGUGCCUGGGGAAUUCGCACUUCAAAAGUUCCAUUUCUUGCUGCCUCAUCUUCUUCAGUUCCAAUCCAGCUUGGAAGGUGCACUAGAAACGCUAUCUCUGGAGCCGAUGAACAAAUACCCUCCAAAUCCUGAUCGGUCCAUUGUACCUCGUCUCUGCUCUGCGGCGCUGGAUCACUUCAAGCCUCGAAUUGGUAUCAAAAUUGGACGACCUGAGUACUACAAGGCAAGGAGCACGAAGCAUUGCCACGACAUGGCCAGAGGUCGUCGUAUGAGCAUGGAGCGAAAAUAUGAUGGAGAAUACUGUCAGUUCCAUGUGGACCUCACGAACAAACAGAAUCCAUUCAAGAUCUUUGCCAAAAGUGGCAAAGAUUCUACAGCCGACAGAGCAGCAGUUGUCCCGACUUUGACGCGCUGUUUAGAUAUAGGUGCACCUGGCUGCAAGUUCAAACACAGUUGCAUUCUCGAGGGAGAAUUGGUGGUUUGGAGUGAUGAGCUUGAUGGGAUUGCAGACUUCCACAAGCUUCGAAGACAUCUGCCUCGGUCUGGCGCUUACAUCGGGACCGAAAGCGAUUCUCCACCGCAGCCAUACGAACACUUGAUGGUGAUCUUUUUCGAUAUCCUCUUGAUUGACGACAACGUCUGCCUUAGAGCCCCUCACUUUCAGAGACGCUUACUACUGCAAGAUCUAGUUCAACUUAUUCCCGGACGUGCCGAUCUUGCUGAACAAGACAUGAUCGAUUUUAGCGAACCCAGUAGUCGGUUUUGGCUGGAGGACAAAUUCGCCAAAGCUAUUUGUCAAAGGUGGGAAGGCCUCGUGCUCAAAGCGUCCGACGAGCCAUAUUUCUCGAUUCAUGCAGCUGGAAUGAAUGAGCAGUUUGGUCGAUGGAUCAAACUCAAGAAGGACUACAUUCCAGGGUUAGGUGAUACCGUUGAUCUGGCGAUAGUCGGUGCGAGCUACAACGCUCAAGAUGCGGCGGCACUGUCCUCUAUACGAGGUCUGCGAUGGACACACUUCUUAGUCGGGUGUCUGUUGAAUAAGGAUGCCGUGGUGCAGCACGGCACUCGGCCACACUUUCGUGGGAUCGACGUUGUUGAUCGUCAUAGCAUGCACUGGAAGAUUCUCCAGCUCCUCAAUCAGCUUGGGCAAUUUCAAUCACGCGAUCCAGACAGCUUCAACGAGGUGACAAUUGAGAUGGGUCGAGUAAGCCUUCCAAAGGUAUCAGUGGUCUUCAAGAAGCCAUUUCUUGUCGAAGUGAUGGGCAGUGGCUUUGAGAAGCCAUCUGGGGCCCGCUACUUCAGUUUGCGGUUUCCCCGAAUUUUAAAGAUCCACGAUGACCGCUCGUUAGAGGAAGCUGCUUCUUUUCAAGAGCUGCAGCUACUGGCAGAAAAUGCUCGGGCUGUGCCAGUUGACGAGCUCUCGCAAGAACAAAACCGAUGGCGCGUGCAGCUCAAAGUUAGUGGCAACGGGCAGAAUCAAUACCUGGCGCAUGAAUCAGACAGUCCCACCACAACCACUUCCUCAACCUCUACCACAACUGCAUCUUACAACUCCGAGACCACCAUGAGCGCCCAUAAGGCCGGUAUCGAAAUCCUACAAAUGAACGACUGUGCCGAAAAGACGCCGCUUAUCAUGGCAGACCAAAGUCAAGAUGAGAACGUCAACCCAACGUCUGAACUUGUUGGUCACGUAAAAUCACAAUCAUCCCACAACACUGGCCAGGCAACGACUCAUAAACGCCCACUCUCCGAGGACGGUCCCUCGCCAAAUAUCCCUCCAGCCAAGAAACAAGUCUUGGAGGGGUCCUGUGCAGUGGUGAGCCCCGAGUUCGAAUCUCAGGAUGAUGAUCAACGUCUGCAUCACAACGAGGUCUCUCAGGGCCAUGCCCAGGGUCCGCAAGACAACGCAGCCGCUGAGGGUCAUGCCCAGGGUCCGCAAGACAACGAAGCCCCUCAGACAGUAGCCGGCACCGAGACAAACGAUCACAAUUCUGACAAUCCUGGCGAUGCACGCAAUAUCAAUACACAAUCUGGAAACUCAGGUCAACCCGGUAUUGACAAGUUCACAAAGAACUUGUCUCCUCUUAUGACGAUUCCUGUGUACCUGUCUGGUCAACCCGGCGAUGGCGUCGUACCUAUUGGCGAGCAGGAUUCCCCAAGUUUUUCCCAGUUUUGUCAAGCUCUACUCUCCGAGCGAACGCUGGCAGUGCUGAGUAAAUCUAACCCACGGGCCGCCUUUGAGGAGACGGUGUACGGCAUCGUUUUGAUCAACGUGAAAGUCCUAUCCCUGGCUGAGAAUGUCCUCAAGAUCAGAGGAGGCCUGAAGAGAGCCAUCGCCAACAACCCCUCAUCUCAAGUCAAGAAGGGUCGUAUCUUCUUCGUGGACCAUUCUCUCCUCAACUCUGGAAUCGAACCUGACGACAAGCGAUUUUGCCUUGGAGAGACCUGGCGUAAGCUGGCUCACAAAUGCCACUAUGCUUGCUUCCAUUGGAAAGUGAACGACCAAGUUGAAGGUUCGGAGGCACCUGCUCAGUCAGAUAAUACUGCCGGUCCUUGGAAAAGAAGAUCCAAGAUCCUCGGAAGGGAGCACCCCAUCAUGUUUUACCUCCGCAGCGAUCCAGCCGAUCUCGCUGAAUUGGGCGAAUUUUCAAAGGACCGGUACAUGCCUCCCUUCAAAGACACCAAACGCUAG